UGAGGGGAAAGAUUUCGUGAGGCGGGCCCUACCUAACGCUGGGCCUCGUUAGGCCGGCCCGACAAUGGGAGGGAGCGUUCGGCCCGCGUGCAAAACAGAGAGAAAAGAGAGCUGCUUUUCAUUAAUCGUCGUCGACUCGUCGGCUAGUUCCUCGCAUCCUCUGCUGCUCGCCUCCUCCUACUUCCUUGCUCACCCGAUCGUGGGAUCAGAUCAGGAGGAAGGGGAAGACCUGCUCACCAGAUCGUGGGAUCAGAUCAGGAGGAAGGGGAAGACGAGGCAAUCUAGCUGGACGAGCGCAUGGUGUUCGAUAAAAUGCCUCGUAGACUCGUCGCGAGGGCGCGUUCUGGGGCCAAGUCGUUGACUUGAUAACAACUCAGCCGGCGUCGACAAGGCAACAGAUUAUAAUCUCUCAUUCUCAGAGGAUGGCAUAGUAAGAGACCAAGUGAACAGUUCCAUUGUGAUUUGGCAGAGUUUUGAUGAACCAUACCAAUUGAAUAUACUACUGGGAGGAAGCCUGGGAUUAAAUACAAUCACCAAUGAAAAAGUCACCCUUAUUAGUUUUUCUAAUUGGUUUGGCGUUCCGUUUAUGCAUUAUGCUCUGGCAUUGGAUACAACUAGAAGGCGAGGUUUUACCAUUCAACGUGAUGGUGAAUUGAUAUUUGCCAGUACUUUUCCUAGAUGGAUGGACAUUCGUGAAGAUGGAGACUAUGGGCUAACAUUCAAUGACAUGCGUACAUACAUACAGUUAGAUAGUUCUGGGGUAGUUAGAUUGACUAAACGAGGGGAAUGCAACUCUACUUUAUGGUCUGCUCCAGAAACUGUAUGCGACCUUGAUUCAUACUGUGGACCAUACAGCCUCUGCACAAUGUCUGGCUCCUGCAAAUGUCCCGCUGGUUUUGAUACACCGUUCAUGGAAGGAUGGACUGCUGUAGGUUGUCCAAGAGAGGUUCAUCUUAAUGGUGAAAGCACUGCUGCACAACCAGAAAAGGUAUUUUAUCCAAUAGAUGGCAUCCACAGAUAUCCUCGGGAUGCUUUGGUGUCAGAAACUACAACCAUGAGUCGGUGUGAAUCGUCUUGCUUAAGGAACUGUGCUUGUACCGCCUUUGCUUACAAUAAAAGUUGCUUACAUUGGUUCGGGGAGCUGUGGAAUACAGUAGUGCUUGACUCUGGUUCAAACGGUGAUCGUAUGUACAUACGUAUAGCAACGGAGCAACAAGCAUGUUCUAGAGCUUCUUCUCUGUUUUCUUUCAAGAAAAAAGUGGUUUUUGUAUCAGUGAUUGGUGCGUUAGCCCUCAUUGCUAUUGGUCUGAUUUUUUUGUGGCGAUGCAGAAGAAAGCUAUUUGAGACAAGAAGGGUGAAUGGUGAUGGAAGUCUCAUGAUCUUCUCGUUUGUUCAAAUAAAGGACUCAACUAAAGGUUUCUCUGAAAAACUCGGAGAAGGAGGGUUUGGUUGUGUCUUCAGAGCAACGUUGCCAGGUUGUGCUGUGGUGGCUGUCAAGAAGCUAAAAGGCCUCAGACAGGAAGAGAAACAAUUUCAAGCAGAGGUGCAGACCAUAGGUAUGAUUCAGCACAUCAAUAUUGUUCGUCUGCUUGGGUUUUGCGCUGAAGGUAGCAGAAGGUUCCUGGUGUAUGAAUAUAUGGCAAAUGGUUCUUUGAGCGACUACCUGUUUUCCAAGGGUUCCUCUAAGUUAAGCUGGGAGCUGCGGUACUCGAUUGCACUUGGAGUCGCACGCGGCCUGGCUUAUCUGCAUGAGGGAUGCAAGGAUUGUAUUUUACACUGUGACAUAAAGCCGGAUAAUGUGCUUCUUGAUGCAGAAGUCUGUCCUAAGAUUGCCGAUUUUGGCAUGGCAAAGCUUCUUGGUCGAGACUUCAGCAGGGCACUGACAACAAUGCGAGGCACCAUCGGAUACCUUGCACCGGAGUGGAUCUCAGGGGUACCAAUCACACAUAAGGCUGAUGUCUACAGCUAUGGGAUGGUGCUUCUUGAGAUCAUAUCAGGGCGAAGGAAUUCAGAGAAAAUUAAGGAGGGGAAGUAUACUUACUUUCCAACCUAUGCUGCAGUUAAGUUGAACGAAGGAGAUAAUGUCAUGUGCCUGCUGGAUGGUGGCCUGGAGGGCAAUGCUGAUGCAGAGCAGGUGAACAGAGCCUGCAGAGUCGCCUGCUGGUGCAUUCAGGAUGCUGAAGAUCACAGGCCGGUGAUGGGGCAAGUUGUUCGCAUGCUAGAAGGUGUCAUGGACGUCGAAGUCCCUCCUGUCCCGUGGUUACUGCAAAAGUAUAUUGGCAUAACGGAUUCCACCUCUGCAGAUUUGGGCAGUUUCUGAAGCCUCCUGUUUGUUAGUCCGAUCGAUGUGAUCCCUUUCUUCUCUGUUGUUUCUGAACUCCAUGAAACAUUGUGUACUGCAGUAUUGAGCGAUGUGUAGAGUCUAUGCUUUUGUGUUGAGGGUCUCUGAGUUCAUCUCCUUAGACCUGUAGAGAAAACUUUGUGUAUUUUGUGUUCUGCAUCUUAAG